GGUGUGCAAGUAGGUAUGGGUGCACUGCAGCGUAAGAACUCACUGGACCGCUAUAAAAAUGGCACGGUAAGCGAGUGCAAUUGAGAAAUAAAGAAAAAACCUCUCAAUUCUCAAAGGAAAGGUCACACAUGAACGGAACAAAUUUACACACCUCCAUGGACGCAUCAGAACCCAGCUGGUUUUCAGAUUUGCUGUUGCUGGAAACUGAUGAUUGCAACUUGUUCCGACAAUGUCUUGAAGAUGAUGAAGAGUUACUUUCCCUUGAGAUAGCAAGUGCCCUAGAGAACUUGCAGCCGCCGCAGCAUCAGCAACCUUUGUCUUUGGAGAGUCACAUGUUGUAUUCUGAAACAACUAAUUUGAACAUCAAGCAGUUCAAAACGAAUUUCUGUGGUUGGAACUCAUCCCUCAACUCCACCAAACACUUUUCACCCAAUCUUUCCUCUUCUUCCUCUUCCUCAUCUUCACCACCCUCCCAGAUUAUGUUUUUAGACAACUCAAACUCAUUUUCUGUGGAGAACACUCACUUUCAAGGGAUUGUUUCUGCUGCGCUGAACCCGCAACCUAACAAAGGUGUUUCAGUUUCAACCCCAGAGACCGGAAAAAGAUCAUCAGAAAAUCUGAACUAUGAAACUAAAGGCCCCAAAGGCCAUGGAAGCUCCAAGAUAUCCGGUGGUCACAGUCGGGAUCAUAUCAUCGCGGAAAGAAAACGGAGAGAGAACAUGAGCCAGGGCUUAAUUGCUCUAGCUGCUCUCAUUCCAGGCUUAAAGAAGAUGGACAAGGCUUCAGUGCUGGGAGAAGCUAUCAAGUAUGUGAAAGAGCUUCAAGAGCGUCUGAAAAUUCUUGAAGAAAAGAACAACAAGAACAGAGAUGAGAAGUCUGUGGUGGUGAUGGUGAAGAAGUCAUGGCUGAGCUACCACGAUGGUUCACCUUCAGCCGCCGCCGAUGGUGAUAGGUGUUUCAGGGAAAGCCUCCCUCGUGUAGAAGCACGAGUGUCAGAUAACGAUGUGCUCCUUCGCAUCCACUGCCAAAACCGAAAAGGUCUUCUGCUGAAAAUACUUGUGGAGAUUCAAAACCUUCAUCUCUUCGUUGUGAAUAGCAGUGUCCUGUCUUUUGGGGAGUCCAUUAUCGAUAUCACCAUUGUUGCUCAGAUGGGGACGGAGUACAAGUUGACGGUAAAUGACCUUGUAAAGAACCUACGCAUGGCUACUUUGAAAUCCAUGUCAUAACAAGAACAUGUGGUGGUGCGGUAGGUGAUAAUAUUAAUAAUACAUCGGUGCACGGUUGUCCAAGAAAUCAUUGAAUCUCAGACGCAGCAUUCAAUGUCCCUCUUUUCUAUUUCAAAAAGGACAAAUAUAUGUAACUUUUUUAUAUUAUGUUUUGUUAUUUUAAUUAAAAUCAAAGUUUCUUUUGAGAAAUAUAUUCAGAUACAGUAAAAA